GUUUCCGGCGUUCUUAUUGAUGCUGUGUGCCUUUUGUAACAAUACGGUCUACGCUAUGGAGUUUGCAACUUAUGCGAUCUUAUUUAAGAAGGUGCACAACUGGAACGAAGCAACGUUGGCAGGCAUCGCUCAGACAGCAGGCGAUUUGAUGGCGGCCAUUGCCAUGCAAGUGAUUCCAGUUCUUAUUCAGACAGAAUACAACCCAGAUGAAGCAAGUUGUUUGCGACGUUUUUUCCACAACCUCAUUUCUGAGCCCUACAACCUGAGUAUCGGCUUAGCUACUUGGGUGAUCUUCCACAUUGGACUGUGCUGCCCUGUCUUGGCUCUUGCGAUUGUGGCGCAGGUCUUCAUGGGCACCACCUACGUAUACGCUUCAAAGUGGAUCUCCGACAUGAACACGUUCUACUCGAUGGGUGAUUCGACCGUGUUUCUGAGCAUACAGGUCGUUUGCAGAAACGCUGAAGCACUUGGCGGUGCCGUAGCAGGUAUCAUCAGCGUUUGGCUCUUCACACUGGACCCAUUAGCACCUUUCUUCUUUGCGGCGGCAUUGUCUGGUCUGAUUUUCCUGAUCUAUACAGUGGGGUUCUGUUCCCGCCUUGGCUUUGGGGAUGACAUCGAGACAGCUGAGCAAAAACGCGCCCGGCGCAAGGGGUUGAGAAGGGUGAGUUCCUGGGCAGUCGACACUCGAAAGAGUGAAAUGUCUUCUGCAAGCGCGGAGUCUAAGAGAUCGGGUGAAGGGGGCGGCCAGGCACAAAAACAGGCCGACUUCGAGUCGCCCGCCAAAAUAGCUGAACUUGGUCAAGUUAAUAGCCGUUAAUGAAAGGGCUUGCUAUCUUCGCAAGUGGUGCGUUAGCUAGCAUGCGUUAGUCCAAGACAUUUGUUGAUAGCCUGACUCUCAGUGCGACACAACAUGUAAAUGUGAGGGUAGUUUGAAAUCUUUUCACGUGGCGCGUUAGCCAUGUCCAAGACAUCUGCUGACAGCAUGACUCUGAGUGCCUAAAUUCGGACGCCCCACCUUUCGACAUGUCUCGGGAUGUUUCAAGCAGAAUCGCGGAG